AUGGUUGCAUGGCGAUUCGCCAUCCGCCAAGGCGAUAAGGUGCGUUGCAUUGACGAUCUGCGGGAGAACGAGCUAAACAACGCCUACACGGCGGUGGAAAAGAUCACUCUUUCCGCGAUGGAUCACAUGAUAUGGGCACUGCAAACACUGCUCAGAUACUUCACCCAGCGGGGCGAGGUGUCUCUCGAACUUUCGACAGGUGAGGUUCUCAAAGGCAAGGUCCAUGAGGCUUGGUCGUUGGAUAAGGGGUCCCUGGUCGUGACAGCACUUGAUCUCCGCAGCGCCUACAAACAACUUCCCCUUAAUCCUCUUGACCAGGUCUUGGGAGUGAAGCUUGACUUGUCUCUUGCUCAUGAAGGCGAAAUCCGUAUCACCAACAAGCCAUCCCGUAUUGAGGAAGUGCGGGGUUUGCUUGAGUCCGCGGUGGCAUUAAAGGCUCUGGUUCCUUCAAAGGUGCCUAGGUCACUUGGAGGCUCAGGUAGACACGCUGUCAGCUUGGACGGCUCUCAGCUAGCAGCCCUGGAGGUCUUGAAGGCACGCUUUGAGCUCGGCCGCCCUCUGUCAAUCAAGGCAUCGGUCCCGGUGCCUCCGGCGGUGAUCUUCACCGACGGCGCCCUCGAAGAUGGUAAAGCUACCAUAGGAGGGGUGCUCUACCCAUCUUGUAGGCAGAUGCCGGCUGAGGUUUUUGGGGCUACUCUGCCAUGCAAUGUGCUUGAAUUGCUCAAGGGUGAUAAGGAGCAUGUCAUUGGAGCUGUCGAGUUGUUUGCUGUAGCCGUAGCCAUAAAGCUUUGGAU